UCAUAAAUAAACUGUUCUAUCUGAAAAGAUGAACGAUGCAGACGUGUCGAAGCAAAUCCAGCAGAUGGUCAGAUUCAUUCGGCAAGAAGCUGAAGAAAAAGCCAACGAGAUUUCCGUUUCUGCAGAGGAGGAGUUCAACAUUGAGAAACUGCAAAUAGCCGAAGGGGAGAAGAAGAAGAUCAGACAAGAAUAUGAACGCAAGGCAAAGCAGGUCGAGGUUAAAAGGAAAAUUGAAUACUCUAUGCAACUGAAUGCGUCGCGUUUAAAAGUUUUGCAAGCACAAGAUGACAUCAUAACCUCCAUGAAAGAAGCUGCUGGAAAGGAACUUGUGCGUGUUUCUGAGGACAAGAAGGCUUACAAGAAGCUCAUGAAAGACUUUAUUGUUCAGAGUUUGAUUCGACUGAAGGAGCCAGCAGUGCUGCUGAGAUGCAGAGAGGUUGACAGGAAGCUUGUUGAGUCUGUUUUGGAGGAAGCAAAGAAAGUUUAUGCUGAUAAAGGGUUUCCUUCACCUAAAGUUACAAUUGAUGGAGUAUAUCUCCCACCGCCUCCAAAGGGUGGCGAUUCUCAUGAAGCCUUUUGUUCGGGUGGAGUGGUGUUGGCCUCUCAAGAUGGAAAGAUAGUGUGUGAAAACACCCUUGAUGCACGAUUGGAUGUCGUCUUCAGACAGAAAUUGCCUCAGAUCAGGAAGAGCCUUUUAGGAUGA